AUGGGAAAAGCUAUCGGUAUUGAUUUAGGUACCACAUAUUCAUGUGUUGCCCACUUCUCCAAUGAUCGUGUUGAAAUCAUAGCCAACGAUCAAGGUAACAGAACCACUCCAUCCUACGUUGCAUUCACUGACACAGAAAGAUUAAUCGGUGAUGCAGCUAAGAAUCAAGCAGCCAUCAAUCCUCAUAACACUGUUUUCGACGCCAAGAGAUUAAUCGGUCGUAAAUUUGAUGACCCAGAAGUCACUUUGGACGCUGAACAUUUCCCAUUCAAGAUCGUAAAUAAAGAAGGGAAACCCGCUAUUCAAGUGGAAUUUAAAGGUGAAACAAAGACUUUUACUCCCGAGGAAAUAUCCUCCAUGGUUUUAACUAAGAUGAAGGAAACCGCAGAAGGUUACCUAGGGGAAACUAUAAAAGAUGCUGUCGUGACGGUGCCAGCUUAUUUCAAUGAUUCUCAAAGACAAGCUACUAAGGAUGCCGGUACUAUUGCUGGUAUGAAUGUGUUACGUAUCAUUAAUGAACCUACUGCUGCUGCUAUUGCUUAUGGGUUGGAUAAGAAAGGUGAAGCUGAACAUAAUGUGUUGAUUUUCGAUUUGGGUGGUGGUACUUUUGAUGUCUCAUUGUUGUCAAUCGAUGAUGGUGUCUUUGAAGUGAAAGCUACCGCUGGUGAUACUCAUUUGGGUGGUGAAGAUUUUGAUAAUAGAUUAGUCGAUCAUUUAGCUAAUGAAUUCAAGAGAAAAAAUAAGAAAGAUAUUACUACUAAUCAAAGAUCUUUAAGAAGAUUAAGAACUGCUGCUGAAAGAGCUAAGAGAGCUUUAUCCUCUUCAUCUCAAACUUCAGUGGAAAUUGAUUCAUUAUAUGAAGGUAUCGAUUUCUAUACUUCCAUAACAAGAGCAAGAUUCGAAGAAUUAUGUGCUGAUUUGUUUAGAUCUACGUUAGAACCUGUGGAAAAAGUCUUGAGAGAUUCUAAAUUAGAUAAAUCUCAAGUUAAUGAAAUUGUUUUAGUUGGUGGUUCCACAAGAAUUCCAAAAGUUCAAAAAUUAGUCUCUGAUUUCUUUAACGGUAAAGAACCAAAUAGAUCAAUUAAUCCAGAUGAAGCUGUUGCAUACGGUGCAGCUGUUCAAGCUGCUAUCUUGACUGGUGAUCAAUCUUCUAAGACUCAAGAUUUAUUACUAUUAGAUGUUGCUCCAUUAUCAAUGGGUAUUGAAACCGCUGGUGGUAUAAUGACUAAAUUAAUUCCAAGAAACUCAACUAUUCCAACAAAGAAAUCUGAAACUUUCUCAACUUAUGCUGAUAAUCAACCUGGUGUCUUAAUUCAAGUAUUUGAAGGUGAAAGAACAAGAACUAAAGAUAAUAAUUUAUUAGGUAAAUUUGAAUUGGCUGGUAUCCCACCUGCUCCAAGAGGUGUACCACAAAUUGAAGUCACUUUCGAUAUUGAUGCUAAUGGUAUCUUAAACGUUUCCGCUGUGGAGAAAGGUACUGGUAAAUCCAAUAAGAUUACAAUCACUAACGAUAAGGGUAGAUUAUCUAAGGAUGAUAUUGAAAGAAUGGUUUCAGAAGCUGAAAAGUUUAAAGCUGAAGAUGAAAAGGAAGCUGAACGUGUUACAGCAAAGAAUCAAUUAGAAUCUUAUGCAUUCUCAUUGAAGAAUUCUGUUAGUGAAGCUAGUUUCAAAGAAAAAGUUGGUGAAGAUGAUGCUAAGAAGUUAGAAACUGCUGCACAAGAAACCAUUGAUUGGUUAGAUGCUUCUCAGGCUGCUUCUACAGAAGAAUAUAAAGAUAGACAAAAGGAAUUAGAAGCUACUGCUAAUCCAAUAAUGACUAAAUUCUAUGGUGCUGGUGGUGCUGGCGCUGGAGGUAUGCCAGGUGCAGGUGGUCCAAUGCCAGGUGCAGGACCAGCUCCAGGUGCUGAUUCUGGUCCAACUGUUGAAGAAGUUGAUUAG